GACAGCGUUACAUUAGUAAUUCCACUCUCCCUCCGCCACGUCAUCUGUGUAACGGACGCCUACCCCAUUCCCGCGGGCCCCAUCUCCAUCUCCAAACCUCCCUAUAUAGCCUUCUCUUUUUUGCUCUUCUUUCUUACAACCUCAGACCAGAACGAAAAAUUUUUUUUAAAAGAAAAAAAAAACACAAACAUGAAAUUUUGAGCUCAUUUUCUUUUCCGAAUUUAACCUCGUACAAUUGAUUAAUUUACAAUUUAGUCCUCCUAACCAAAAUGGCGCCGUCUGCCAGGGCCAACCGGAGGUGGGCUGACGAGGAGGACGACGACAAUCAGCUGGACCGUCUCCGGCGGCCCCGGCGGGUGAGGAAGUAUAGGUCGAUUGUGGCAAUAAUGAGGGUAGCUAGAAGGGUCCAACUUAUAAAUGAGGAUGACGAUGAUGGUUUUGAUCAAACGGUGGAGAUAAAGAAGGAGGAGAAUGUUGAUGAUGAUGAUGGUGGUGGUGGUGAUGAUUGUUAUAGCAAAUUGGGGUGUCAGGAAUGUGGGAGAGGGGAUAACGAGGAGGAGAUUUUGCUGUGUGAUAAAUGUGAUAAAGGGUACCAUUUGGAUUGUCUAAGGCCAAUUGUGCCCCGGGUGCCAUUUGGGCACUGGUACUGCCCUAGCUGCUCUGAUCACAUUCGUCCCAGCAUGGCUCUGGCUAAAAGUCUUACGCAGACAUCCAUACUUGAUUUCUUUCGGAUUCAGAAAUGCAGUGAAUCAAUGGCGGAUUUUACUUCAGCUCUAGAUACUAGAAAACGUCGGAAGCGUUCUGGGCCUUUGGUGUACCACAAGAAAAGGAGAAGACUUCUGCCAUAUAUACCAGCGGAAGAUGCUGAUCAAAGGCUAAAGCAAAUGGGAUCUCUUGCUUCUGCUUUGACCGCAAUGAACAUGGAAUUCAGUGCUGAGCUUACUUAUGUGCGUGGCAUGGCUCCUAGGUCUGCCAAUCAGGCCAAGUUUGAAAAGGGUGGAAUGCAGGUCCUUUGCAAAGAAGAUGUUGAAACAUUGGAGUACUGUAAACUUAUGGAGAAAAGUGGCUUAUGUCCCCCACUUAUGGUUGUGUUUGAUUCGUGUGAAGGUUAUACGGUAGAGGCUGAUGGUCCAAUAAAGGACUUGACUUUGAUAGCAGAGUAUGCAGGAGAUGUGGAUUAUAUGAAGAAAAGGGAAUGUGAUGACUGUGACAGCUUAAUGACGCUCCUUUCAGCAAAACAGCCAUCCAGGAGUCUCGUUGUCUGCCCGGACAAGCGUGGCAACAUUGCCCGGUUUAUAAACGGCAUAAACAACCAUUUGCCGGAAAGUAAGAAGAAGCAGAAUCUUAAGUGCGUGAGGUAUGAUGUAGAUGGCAAAUGCCGAGUCCUUUUGGUUGCUACUCGCGAUAUUGCUAAGGGGGAGAGGUUGUACUAUGAUUACAAUGGGCAUGAGCAUGAAUAUCCAACUCAUCAUUUCAUCUAAGUUCUGAAGCAACGGAUUUUUUGCCAAUGAGACUGCAGGACCAUAGAAAUCUCAUUUUUGUCUUCAGAUAUACAUAGCAGCAGCAAAUUUUUCUCUAACAGUAGGUAGCUGUACUGCUGGCCAUCAUUGUGGCCAUGAUAGUGCAAAUUCCAAAGAGGAUGUUUAUUUUGGAUUUGACAUAUCAAAUGCAGCUUAGACAGGUUACAUGCUUAUGUAGCACAGUUACAA